UGGCGCAACAACUUCCGGGUGGCUGAAGCGUGACUGGCUGAGCGUUUAAAUCGCGCCCUUGUUGUUUAUGAAGAGCGGUUCCUGGUUGAGAAGUAUGCAGUUUUCAGUUUUUAUGUGAUUUUACUUUAAAGCAGUAUGGAACAAAAUAACUCGGAGUCCAAAUCUGUUCUUUGCACAUUGCUGGAUAAAAACGAUCAGUCCAAGUAUGUGUUUUUUACGCAGAAGCGAUCAGCAGGAGACAUAAACAUAGGAUUUACCAAUGGUGAAGAUGUUUGGAAAACACAUCUUUCUGAGGAGAUUAUGUCUCAGCUUUUUAAGACAUUUUCAUUGAAGUCCACAGAGGAUUAUACUUUCAAACUCAAAUCUGCGUGUAAAGCUGGCAGAGCAUUCGUGAAGCUGCAGGAGGACAGUGCUGUGCUGCACUUAGGAGCGGAGCCCACAGACCUCAGUAUGUCCCUGUCAAAACUCACCGACUCAGAGGGAAGGACAGAAGUCAAGGAACUGCUUUUUAAAAUGGCAGACAGCCUGCAACAGCUAGAGAGUCAAGGUUCUUCAUCCUCAUUUAGUCCAGUCAAGAGCCCUCAGAAGAGGAACACUGGAUUUGAACCUAGGAAACAGCACAAGGGUCCAGUAGUAGCAGUUAGAAAACGUCUUCCUGGGGAUUCACUCAUCAACCCAGGAACAAAAAGAAAGAAACCUGCAACAGGUGUCGCCUUUGAUGACGAAGAUGAUGAAUGAUACAAACAUGAAUGCUGAAUUUUAAAAAACCACAAAUUCUACCUUUUUAACCAACUCAACACUAUCAGUUUUUAAAAUGUAACUUGCAUACAAAUCACAAUAUGAACUGUUUUAAGUCAUCAUGUACUGUAUCUCUUAAGGUUUUAUUUAAAUAACGUUGCUAAAUGAUAUCUUUAUAUUUUUCCUUUUGAAAUGUGUAAUAAAAAUGGUGUUUUAAAAUGUGUUUACUAAAAAUGUUUUAAUCAGUAGACUCAAAAAAAAGGAGUCCGAAAA